UUUGUUUGGAAAACUUGUAAACCAAACAAGUUUUGGAAAAAUUUGUUUGGUUUGACUACUUUUGAAAACUUAUUUGUAGAGAAUUUUUCUCAAAAUUUUUUGAGAAACACAAACCAAACAAGGCCUUUAUCUUUUCUUCCGAAUCCUGCUCUUUUCCUCUCAACCCCUCAGUCCAAUUGCCUUGUUCAAAGUGAGGGGAAUGGGUUUUAAUUCGAAUUGAGAAGCUUGUAAGCAUGACGGUCGGGGCAGAGCUUUUGUUUGGAAGUAUUUGGAUAUAAUGGAGAGUGAAAGUUGAUAUGGUAUUUGCUUUCAAAAUCCAAAAACUGUACUUGCAAGAUGACAUGCGAAAAGUAGCCAUGGUUUAUGGCAACUCCUCAGAUGAUUAGAAUUCGAGAUUGCAAUUGCGUAUUGUGAGAGAACUGUUCUUCCUUUGAUUUUCAAAAACUUUCUUGCCCAUCGCAUAGCUAUUUGAAAUGUUGCAAAUCCUUCACCGGACUCUUUGUUUGUACUUUGUGUUAUUAAAUCAGGUGGCAUCACUUGGACAGAAUUGGUGAAUUUUUUAUUUGAUACAUCUGACUAGGGGAGUGCUAUGUGUCUUUAAAGCCAGAACUAUUUGAGGGGAUGCGCUUUGAUUUUACCAAAGGACUCAAUCAGAAAUUCUCACUCAGUCACAGUGUGUUCAUGGGACCUACUGAGAUUCCCUCCCAGUCUUCUGAAACCAUAAAGAUUCCUACUGCUCACUAUGAAUUUGGGGCUAACUUUAUAGACCCAAAGUUGAUGCUUUUUGGGAGAAUAUUGACAGAUGGCAGGCUGAAUGCACGAGUGAAGUGUGAUUUGUCUGAAAAUCUUACUCUGAAGGCCAAUGCUCAACUUACAAACGAGCCACAUAUGUCGCAUGGCAUGGUCAAUUUUGAUUACAAGGGUAAAGACUAUAGGACUCAACUUCAACUAGGGAAUGGUGCAUUACUUGGAGCCAGUUACAUACAGAGUGUGACCCCACAUUUGUCUUUGGGCGGUGAAGUUUUCUGGGCCGGUCAGCAUCGGAAGUCUGGUAUUGGUUAUGCUGCUCGAUACAACACAGAUAAGAUGGUUGCUACUGGGCAAGUUGCUAGCACUGGAAUGGUUGCUCUGAGUUAUGUUCAAAAAGUAUCUGACAAGGUGUCUUUGGCAUCAGACUUCAUGUACAACUACAUGUCAAGAGACGUCACGGCAAGCUUUGGUUAUGAUUACAUUCUCCGACAGUGCCGUCUUAGAGGGAAGAUUGAUUCCAAUGGCUGCACUGCUGCUUUUCUGGAAGAGCGCUUGAAUAUGGGUCUUAAUUUUAUUCUUUCUGCUGAGAUAGAUCACCGGAAGAAAGACUACAAAUUCGGGUUUGGGUUGACAGUAGGAGAAUAGGAUAGAAUGCUCGGAUGCUGUUCUUGGAUUUGAGCUCAUCAAUGCAAGCAACUCUGCAUGCAUACAAGGUUCAUUUUUUUUAAUUUUCUAUGCAGAUCAAAGAAUCAGUUUUGUACUUUUAUCUGGAGUAUCAUUAUUUGCGGGGCAGCACCACCAGCUGCUGCAACAGUGUUAGCAUCCCUAGUUGAUUUUACAGUCUGGAGUUCCUAUUCACCUUCUCCCCCCCUUAAAAGCUGUAGAAUUCGUUAUAAUGGAAAUUGAGUAAAUUUAUAAUUGAUGUUGAUUGCAUCAACUUGAGGCCUAUUUGACAUAAACGGAAUGUAUUAUGAUGCCAUUACUUGAUUA